GAAGAGUGGGGAGGAGUCGGAGCACGUGAAGGCCAAUCAUCGCCCUCUCUUCCGUCAGCCUCGACGGGUGUAUUCAGCAUGUCCGACGUGGUCUUCAUCAACACCUUCAAAGAGUCUAGCACCCUCUCCACCGCUGGGUUGACGUCCCCUCGACUCCACUCGACUAGACCGAGUGUGCAGCUACAUAGAACUGUCCACUAUAGACACGUAUCAUGUAAUUCUCAAUGCCCAUCACCAAGCGUGCAACCCUGAGUCAUCCUCCAUUCUUCGCCCUUCUCUUCACCUCCAUCUCCCCUCCUUCUCUCGCAAUCGUGCAUUCUGCCAUUGUCCACCACUGUCAAUCCCUCUCCACCCAUCCUAGACAUGCCUCGAUUCCAGGACUUUGCUCUCCCCCAUUGGAUCGAGAGCCAAAAGGGCAUUGAGAUCCCCCUGGGAGGAAGCGUUGGACCCGGACUGAGCUUCAAAGAGCUGAUCAACCUCUCCACCGACCCCGAGUCCACGACCAAAGCCCUCAAUUUCUACGACACCGACCUGACCGUCCGCGUGGGCACGCAGGGCAGCCUGGAAUUGAGGAAGCAAGUCGCCAAACUCUACGCCGGAAGCGAUGUCACCGUCACGCCCGACGAUGUGAUCAUCGCCAAUGCCACCACCGGCGCCAACCUCCUCUCCUUUCAAUCCCAGCUCUCCCCCGGCGACCAUGUGAUUUGCAUGUAUCCCUGCUACGAGCCUCUCUUCCAAAUCCCCAAGCAGCUGGGCGCCUCCAUUACUUACUGGCGACUCGACCCAUCCAACAACUGGGAAGCCAGUCUCGCCGAUCUCAAGGCCCUCAUCCGUCCCACCACCAAGAUGCUCGUCGUCAACAACCCCCACAACCCCACCGGCACCCUGCUCUCCGCCUCCGCCCAGCAGGCCAUCCUGCACCUCGCCGCCCGACACGACAUCACCGUCCACUCCGACGAGAUCUUCCGGCCCCUCUUUCACGCCACGGACACCCCUGCGCCCCCAUCCCUCCUGCAGCACGCAUCCUACGACAAAGUCAUCGUCACCGGCUCCCUCAGCAAAGCCUUCUGUCUCUCCGCCGUCCGCAUCGGCUGGUGCGUCACCCGCAACCCCGAGCUCAAAGCCAGCCUGCUCAGUCUGCGCCAAUGGACGCUCGAGUCCACCAGUCUGAUCGACGAGCGCAUCGCAGCCGAGGCGCUCAGCGACCGCUGCCGCGACCCUAUCCUCGCCCGCCUGCACGCCUUUGCACACCGCAAUCUCGCCGAGCUGCACGCCUUCCUCGCCAAAAAUCCCCACGCCGUCGCCGCUACUGUUCCCACCGGUGGCGCCACGGCGUUUGUCAAAUUCAUGGAUCCCGCCAGCGGACGCCCCGUCGACGAUCUCCAGUUCUGCCAGACCCUCAUGGAACACACCGGCGUCCUCCUGAGCCCCGCCAGUCUAUGCUUCUCCCAGCUCCAGCCGGGAGAUUUCAAGGGCUACACUCGACUGCACUUCACUUGUAGAACGGAGAUUUUCAAACAAGGGCUGGAUAGGAUUGGCGAGUUCCUGAGCUCACCCAGCUACACCGCCCUCUGUGCGGGAAGUCAGACGAAUGGGACACACUGAUGUUGUAUACCUUUCAAUUUCACGCUCGCAAACAAGACUCGUUGAGGCGAAAAUUCAUAGACUU